GCAACAAUGUUCAGCACAUCCCAGUCUGCCCGAGCCCAGUUCCUGGACAAAGCUCGUCAGGCGAGGGAAGAGAGGCGGGGGCAGAAGGAGAAGGAGCGGGCCGCCGUGCAGAUACAGGCCGUGGCCCGCGGGUUUCUCUGUCGAUGUCGCUUACAGAGAGACAUCAGGAAAGAGAUCGAUGAGUAUUUUGACACCAUUGACCCAACUGGAGCCAGUAAAAGAAGUGCACUUUCUCUUUUUAAGAUCGCCCGGAAGCUGUUGUUCAUAUUCAGAGCUCGAGAGGAUGAGCUGAGGUUUGGAAUGCUGUGCCGUUGCAUCCUAAGCAGCAUGGAAGCUGAGAAUGACCCUAAGGUGUGGUACGUGUCCCUGGCUCUUUCCAAAGAGCUCACUCUCCUCUGGAUCAAGCAAAUUAAAGACAUCCUGUGGAUCUGCUGCAGAUAUCUGAAGUACCUCAAGCCUGACAUCUUACAAGACUCUAAACUGAUCUCACUGUACCUCACCCUGCUUGUUAACUUCACAGACACAUCAACAUGGAAAAUUGUCCGAGGAAAAGGGGAGUCCCUUCGGCCUACCAUGAACCAUCUCUGUGCAAAUAUCAUGGGACACCUCAAUCAGAAUGGAUUGUAUUCUGUUCUACAGAUCUUAUUAAGAAAUGGCCUGGCGAGGUCCAGACCAUCUCUGACAAGAGGCAUGUUGGCUGCAACCUUUACUUUGGCUUCACGGUGACCCCGUGAUGCUGCUCAUUUUUCGGACAAUCUCUUACGACCAUUCCUCAUCCACAUUAUGUCAGUGCCUGCCUUCGUGGCGCAUCUCAGCAUGCUUGCCCCCAAGCGCCUCGUUGUGCUAGAAUAUCAUGACUUUCUUCGCAAAUUCAUUCUGUUUCUGAGUCGCAAGGAUCAAUGCGCGGAUGUCUGUGAGUGCUUAGAAGGGAGCCACACUCUCUGUUUGCUUGGUAAGCAACAUCAUACACUUGGGUAUCUUUCAAGCAGAGUGUUAGAGGAGGAGACGAAGCAUUUUGUGAAAGUGCUCAUUGAAAUGCUGUCCUACUGCCAGCAGUAUGUGUCCCUGAAGAGGUCGAACCUCACCCACUGGCACCCUGUCCUUGGGUGGUUCUCUCAGUCAGUGGACUACGGUCUGAAUGAGUCCAUGCCUUUGCUCACCAAGCAGCUACAGUACCUGUGGGGGGUGAGGGUCAUCCGCAUCCUCUUCCGAGACAUCCUGAGCAAGAAGCUGUUGGAGAAUCCCGAGGCCAGCCACGCAGUGGCCACGCCGUCCACGUCCCCGCCCAACAGCCUGCCCGUGAAGAGUCUCUUCAAGCGUGCAUUCCAGAAGUCCUCGUCGGUUCGGAACAUCCUCAAGCCCAUCGGCGGGAAGCGUGUGGACUCGCCAGAAGUACAGAAGGUCUGCAACGUCUGUGUGCUCUACCAGACCGCGCUGACCACCCUCACCCAGAUCCGACUGCAGAUCCUCACAGGCCUCACUUACCUGGAUGAGCUCCUGCCCAAAUUGUGGGCAUUCAUCUGUGAGCUGGGCCCUCAAGGGGGCCUGAAGCUGUUCCUGGAAUGUCUCAACAGUGACAACGAAGACUCCAAACGGCUGCUGGCCAUGCUGACGUUAUUCUGCGACUGUUCACGGCACCUCAUCACAAUUCUCGAUGACAUCGAGGUGUAUGAAGAACAAAUCUCCUUCAAGGUCGAGGAGCUGGUCACCAUCUCCUCUUUCCUGAACACCUUCAUCUUCAAAAUGAUCUGGGAUGGGCUUCUGGACAACGCCAAGCCAGAGACCCUGGAGUUGUUCUUUUCGGUUCACGGGUGGCUGAUGGUGCUGUAUGAAAGAGAUUGCCGCCGGCGCUUUGCCCCUGACGAUCACUGGCUGCGGAAGGAUCUCAAACUCAGUGUGCUUUUCCAGGAACUGGAGAAGGACAGGAAGCGUGCCCAUCUGAUCCUACAGUUCAUCCCUCACGUCAUUCCCCACAAAAACAGAGUGCUCCUGUUCCGAAACAUGGUGAUCAAGGAGAAGGAGAAGCUCGGGCUCGUUGAGACCAGCUCGGCAUCCCCUCACGUCACACACAUCACCAUCCGAAGGUCCCGCAUGCUGGAGGAUGGCUAUGAACAGCUGCGGCAGCUCUCGCAGAAUGCCAUGAAGGGUGUGAUACGUGUGAAGUUUGUCAAUGACCUGGGAGUGGACGAGGCCGGCAUUGACCAAGACGGAGUGUUCAAAGAGUUCUUAGAAGAAAUCAUCAAGAGGGUGUUUGACCCGGCGCUAAAUCUGUUCAAGACAACCAGCGGCGAUGAGAGACUCUACCCCUCGCCCACCUCCUACAUCCACGAGAACUACCUACAGCUCUUCGAGUUUGUGGGGAAAAUGCUGGGCAAGGCUGUGUACGAGGGGAUCGUGGUAGAUGUGCCUUUUGCUUCCUUCUUCCUAAGCCAGCUGCUUGGACACCAUCAUAGUAUCUUCUACAGCUCGGUGGAUGAACUGCCUUCCUUGGACGCAGAGUUCUAUAAAAACCUCACUUCUAUUAAGCGCUACGAUGGAGAUAUUAGCGACCUGGGCUUAACGCUGUCGUAUGAUGAAGAUGUGAUGGGUCAGCUUGUUUGCCACGAACUGAUUCCUGGAGGGAAGACCAUUCCUGUGACAAAUGAAAAUAAAAUUAGCUACAUUCACCUGAUGGCCCAUUUCCGGAUGCACACUCAGAUCAAAAAUCAGACAGCUGCUCUCAUCAGUGGAUUCCGCUCUAUCAUCAAGUCUGAGUGGAUUCGAAUGUUUUCAACCCCUGAGCUGCAGCGCCUAAUCUCUGGUGACAACGCAGAGAUUGACCUCGAAGACUUGAAGAAACACACUGUGUACUAUGGUGGCUUUCACGGGAGUCAUCGAGUCAUCAUUUGGCUUUGGGACAUUCUGGCCAAUGACUUUACCCCAGAUGAGAGAGCCAUGUUCCUGAAAUUUGUGACCAGCUGUUCCAGGCCCCCACUUCUAGGAUUUGCCUACCUCAAGCCUCCUUUCUCCAUCCGCUGCGUCGAGGUGUCGGAUGACCAGGACACAGGGGACACUCUGGGCAGUGUGCUCAGGGGCUUCUUCACCAUCCGCAAGAAGGAGCCGGGGGGCCGCCUGCCCACCUCCUCAACCUGCUUCAACCUGCUCAAGCUGCCCAAUUACAGUAAGAAGAGCAUCCUUCGGGAGAAGCUGCGUUAUGCCAUCAGCAUGAACACCGGCUUCGAGCUCUCCUAACCCUGCCCCGUCUUCCCCUCCCCUCUCCCCAGGCUAGGCGGGCAGCUGUUUGCCCUCUGCCUUCCCAGACACUUGUGCACGGCCCGACUCAGGGAGGGACCUUGGGGUGCCCGGAGCAGGAGUAAGUGAAUGGCUGAGGGUCUCCAGAAGGCUGCCGGUGAUCGCUUACAAAUAAAUACUGUCCAUGUUGUUGAAAAGGCAGGCCUCAAAAAGAAGAGACCCUUGGGGCUUGCCCAGUGUGGGCUUGAACCCUGGUGUAGACUUGGCCUUUCUCCCCUGCUCUCCCCUGACCUGAGGCCUGAGCCUUGUGUCUGGACACGCUUUGCUUCUGUCCUGUUUUGUUUUGUCUGUUUUGUUUAAUUGUCUGGAAGCCCUUCCGAGCAAGGUGGUGCAGUUAACGCCCCGGCUCCAAAGGUCAGGAGUAGGACCUGAGCAGCCCAGGAAUCAAGCCCUGCAAGCCUGCUGCGUUAGAGCUGCUCCCCUAAAGUUUCUUCAGACCCUUCACUCAGGUCAGGCUUUGCAGCCGUGAUGUCCUAAGCCAUCACGCACCAAGCAGAGACCCUCCACCCCCCAGCAGGCACAGCCGCUUGUGGGCGGCUGAACCCAUUCGCUCUGCCGGUAACCAAGGCAGCUUUCUGGUGGGGACUGUCUCAGGCAGCCCCGGAGAGCAUCAGCCACAACACAGGGACCCCAACGCUGCUUCUUCCUGGGAGUCGAGCAAAGUGUGGGCUGUUCUGCCUGGUGCGAUGGGAGAGUUCCAGAGACUCCUCUUGGCUGCUGCUCAGAUCCGGCCAGAAGGGCCCGUCCUCCUGCAUCGGGGAAGCCUGAGCUCUGUCCGAUCCAGCUAAGUCAUUAGCUCUGAAAGGUCCCUCUCUCACUCUGUUGAAAGAAAGUACUCCAGCCUGAUGCCUUCUUACAGAAAUGCCGCCAGAUUUUAGAUUCCUCCCCAAGGUCAGGGCUGAUACUCGCACCGUCCCUCCCCUGUGGCUUUGUUCUCCAUCACUUCUGGCAUCCCCAGCUGCCCUUGAGGACCAGCUCCUGCCCACAGGUGGGCUUGGCUGCUCCUCUGUCCCAGCUGUUUUGUGAUGAGAAGUUGACCCACUUAGCCAGGAAGCCACGGCCCAGCCCAAACUGUCAGCCUCCACACCUCCAACUUUGUAUUGUCAGAUGAAGCUCAGUUAAAUUAAAUUAAAAAUCCAGUGUCCCUGUGUAGGUGAAGAGCAUAGCGUGCUCGAUCUCUAGUAGGUGUGGGUAUGCGGAUUCCCUUUUGCAUGGUGGCAUCAACACGUUGAGUCUGUUCUCUCUACCACCAUCAUGAGAAUGCUUUUCUUCAUAUGUAGCUGGGAGCAUCUGUGAGAUCCGCGCUGGUCCAGGGUCAGUGGCCAGCAGAAGGCCCCGUUCCCCUCUCUUUUGAGCUGGCCGGUGUACGUCAGCAUGACGUAGCCACAGGUAGCAACGUCCUGGCUCGUGUGGUGUCUGCACAGCCCCGGCUGCAGAGCUGGGCCGGGCAGGAGCCGUUCACACAAGCAGUGAGGCAGCAGGGCCUCCUGAACUGGAAGGUGGUCAGGGAGUGGGGGUUUGAGAAGGAGCCUUGGUUACCCAACAGGUGCAAGCCUGUGCAGAGGUUUGUUUUGGAGACAGUGUCCUGAACAACCACAUUUAAAAGCCACAGAUUUCCCCUCCCAAACUUCCUAACAUUUGUUAAUUUUCUGAUCCUAACAAGUGAAAAGAUCUCAUCGUUUCAACCUAGGAUACCACCCCCUUUUGAUUCUAAUGAAGACUACUCCAAGAGCAUGCAUGUGUGGACAUGGGGACUCGUGGUUUAAAAACAACAGCUUGGUUUUAAGAUAGGAAGAGGCAGCUUGGCAUCCUGAUUUUCAUUUCCAGCGAAUGGGGGUUGGGGGGGAAUGGGAGUGCCAGGCAGGUCGGGGAGGGAGAGGGCUCCAUGGAACUGUAUAAAACUUGCAACAUUUGAAGUAUUGCACUAUCAAAAACGCUGAAUCUGUCUUUUUAGCUGAUGUACAAACCAUGAUUCCUGAAUAUUAGCACCCUGAUUGAUGACUACAAAAAGGUUUUUUUCAUAACUAACUCCUGUAUUAAGAUGUGAUCAAAGGCUUUAUUAAAUUUUUACUUCCUUGGA